CAUCUCACAAGCUGGAGACUUAGAAAUAUUCUCAUCAAUUCUCCUUUCCUCCACAAACUAACAUCAAAUUACUAAUAUGUCUGGAGUUUGGGUAUUCAAGAAUGGAGUUGUCCGACUUGAAGAUUGUCAAGGCUCAAGUGGUCGUCGAAAAGUGUUAGUUCAUGUUCCAAGUAAUGAAGUCAUCACAUCCUAUGCAGUACUUGAAAGGAAACUUCAUUCUCUUGGUUGGGAAAGGUAUUAUGAUGAUCUUGACCUUCUUCAGUACCAUAAAAGAUCAACUGUUCAUCUCAUUUCUCUCCCAAAAGAUUUCAACAAGUUGAAGCCCAUGCACAUGUACGAUAUUGUCGUCAAGAAUCGCAAUGAGUUUGAAGUUAGAGACAUAUGAUAAGAAAGAAAGAAAGAAGAUGGCUACUUCAUUUCAAGUCAUUUUGCCAGUGUGCUUUGUUUCUUUGUUUUUUUGUUUUCUUUCCGAUUGGGGGUGAUUUUCUAGUGUGUUGUAAUUAGGUUUGAUAUUUUGUGGUUUGUUUCGUAAUGCUGCAAAUGUUGGAAAGUUGUAAGGACUGAAUGUUAGGAUGUUAAUGUUGUAUAUUUAAAGGUUGUUACUCCAUUUUCAUUAUA